UUGUGCCGUGUCGUUAGAAAGAGAUUCUCCUCAGGGCUGUUGUCGCCGAUGGACGUGGCGCGGAAUCAGGGUACUGAUUCUGGAGGAAAAGCCAUGGGCCAUGGUACAAACUUCAUUAACACUGCACAUCUUUCAAGAGGCCGCAUAUCCCUCAAGAGAGGCAACUUGUUUGGUCAGACUCCGGCUAAGAGACGACUUUUGCAAACUCCUCACCUACAGGAAAAUGCUGAUGCUCAGAUAGGCUUCCUUCUCCGCAAGCAGUUGACCUUGUACAGCGUCUCUCCCCUAUACAAGUUUUCUUAUGAUAGACUGCAGGAAUAUUCUAGACAGCUGUGUUUUGUUAUCGCUGCUGAAAAGCAAAAAGGGCUCGCUGUGCAUGUGGAAGGUGACCUUAAGUUUAAAGUGAAGUUCUCCAUGCUCUCAGUGUUGAAAACCUCAGAACAGAACGAGGCAGGAGUCCUCAUUCAGGUAGGCAUCACAGUAUCUCCCUCUUCUCUACCCCCCUCUGCCCUCACUCAGGUUACAGCUGAAAAUGCAGGACCCAAAGUGGUGUGGACGGGCUGUUUCUGCUGUACUCGUGGAAAUGACAUUCUAGAAACAGUCGUGGAGGAUUUUACUUGCCUCCCUUUGUUCCUUGUAAAUGGGGCAGAGAGUCUCUCGGCCAUCAUUGGAACUUGGCUUCAGCAAACUUUUGACUGUUCUUUCAGCCUGUUGACCAUCAGCCCCCUCAACCUUGCUUGGAUGGCUGCAAUGUGGACUGGGUACAAAAUGGAGCGUCACAAAGGAGCAGUGGAGCUGACUUUCUCUGUUCCAGGCACUCCUCAACCUCUGGACAUUUCUUAUGCCAUCCACGCUGAAGAUGCAAAAGCCCUUUGGGAUUCAAUCCAUACCACUCAACAAGAAGUUCGACAAGAACAGGUGGACUUAUUCAUGGAUGGCCUUUGCUAUCACUUUUAUAGACAUUUCAAGAUCUACCUGUCAGCCACAAGACUGGCGAAAGUCUCUACAUCUGUAGCCUCCGCCCAUGCUAAUGGGAAAAUAAAGAUUCUUCAUUCUGCAUAUCUGGUGGAAAUCCUGGCACUGAUGACAGAAUUGGCUAUUUCAAAAAUACUCUGAUGGACAUUACCUGUCUGGUGCGGAGAUGGCUUGAAAACUGCUUGAGGGUGUAAUUGUUUUUAUUAUUGAUC